UAGACCAGUGAAUUAUGUCACUUACACCAACAAGCCACGCAUGAUGAUCGACUUCACACUUUCUUAAGGAGUGGAUAGCUGGAGAACUCCCAUUGGUUAUCCUACCCAAGAACUAUCGAAUCCCAACUCAUCGCGCUUGCGCAGUCAACUGAAACUACAGGACUUUCUCACUUAGUGUGAUUCUGCAUCUAACUAACCACAAAUCAUCAGAGCAUGAACUCAUAUUUUACAAGCUCGUAUCUCACUGAUUUACGAACUGGCGACCACUACAACAACCAGCCAGUACACACCCAGCCCAACGGUGAGACUUGUGAACAAGUCUCACGUCAGUAUCUGGCUCACACACAAUACUGCUCGUCUCCUUCCCAGGGAGCAGGUACUUAUCCGCGCUUCCCCCCUUACGACCGUUUGGAAAUUCGACCGAUCACUUCAUCGCCCAAUUCCCCUAGCCCUCCUGAAACUUACUAUGGGAACCACUGUGGUCAGCAACCUCCUGGACCUCCGGCUCUUCCCCAUCCGCCUCAGCCAGCUCACCAACCACCUCCCCCUCAUGGGCCGCUAACACAUCCCAACGCUUAUGUCCCUCAACAAGAUGGUCAGAACUGUAGAGGGUCACCAAAUGGCACCGGACCUCAGCACCAAAACAUGACCCAGUAUCCGAGUUGUAAGAUGCAACAGCCACCCCUACAGCAGCCUCCCCCACCACCACAGCAACAACAGCUUCAUCACGAUCCGAAUGGCGUUCCCAGGCCAGUAUCGUCCGAGUGUCCUACCAACAUGCACCAGCAGCCCUGCCAGAGCCCUCUCCACUCUGGCCCUCCUCAGCAACAGAUGUACUCACCAACGGCGGGAAAUCCGCCCAACGUUCUCAAUCCUGCAAGCCAGCCUCCUCCAUCAUCCGGGGCUCUUCCGAGCCCCCUCUACCCCUGGAUGAGAAGUCAGUUUGAAAGGAAGCGAGGUCGUCAAACCUACACCCGCUAUCAAACACUGGAGUUAGAGAAAGAAUUUCAUUUCAACCGCUACCUGACUCGCCGGAGAAGAAUCGAGAUCGCUCACGCUCUCUGUUUAACAGAAAGACAAAUUAAAAUAUGGUUCCAAAAUCGUCGGAUGAAGUGGAAGAAGGAGAAUAAGGCUAAACUGGAAGCAGGCUUAACGAUGGGGCCUCCUCCGCCUCUUGAACCUCUCCACCCCAUCGACCGGUCGUCGCAGUAAGCUCCUGAAAUAGGUGGACAAGAAGCGUAGUCUAACAGGGCGGGCGAGAGUAACCGCCCGAUUCGUGUUUUUCUUCAUUGUGGGUGGAUUCAGGUGUUGCGUGACGAACGGUAUUUGUGAGUAGAAUUGUACAUAUUGUAGUUAAUGUGCCCAUUAUGUACUUUUAGCUCAGCUGCCAUUUUUAAUUUAUCAAAGCUGCUGGUAUUGUUUCGUAUUGUAUCACCUUCAAUGUUGUGGCCAUUGCAGGACUCACCUGAAGUUGUACAAAUUUUCCAAAAUGCAAAACAUUCAACGUAGUCCUGUAUUUUACCGAAAAUAACGAGCACAGAAGGAAACAGCGAGUCACGCACUACUUUCGUUUAGACAAUAAUUCAGACACGGUCUGUGGGAAAAACUUUUUAUUUUGUUGUUGUUUGUAUUAAUGCGUCAAUACAUACGUGAGUUUGAAUGCUUUGUAUUGGGAACAGUUGUGUUUACCCCAAUUUUAGCAAUUAAAUGAUAAUCUGUUUUAGUAAAUACUUUAUCUUAAGGCUUGAGUGAUCUCCAUUUCAACACGUGUGUGUCUGUGUGUAAAUUUUACUGUCUUGUGUCAUAUAAAAAAGUAAUGACCUAAAAUCUUGUUCUGUUAUAAAUCAGGGAUCUUGUUCUGUUAUAAAUCAGGGUAAAACUACGUUUUCUCUGAAGUUUUGUAUCAUUACGUUUCAACUUGUGAGUUGUUGUUUUUUUGUAUUUCCUAAGGAAUUCUUGGGUGUUUUAUUGAAAGUUUUUUUUUUUUUAUUAAAGAGUAUUAUCUUGAAUUUUAUUAGCUCCAUCAUCAUUGUUAUCUUACUUUAAACACUAAUAAAUGUACCUUUUAUUACAGUGAAGAUAGUAAACGUUGUUCGGAUUAUUCGUCAUUCACAUUCUUGCAACAAUAUCACAGGUAGUUGUUCCGGCUCUGUGAGUUUAUUACUGUGUAGCAUGGCACAAAUAAAAGGCAUUUUAUGGCUUCUAAACCUCACGCUCCCUGACAGCUAUGGCGCUAAUGGUUAUGCAAGUCGCGCUUUUUUGGGCAAUAAACUGUCUACAGGCAAAUAAAACUGACUGGGUUGUCCACAUUCACGUCCGCAGUUAUACCACUAGUGGAAUCUAUUUCAAGUUCAAAAUAUAACAUAGAGAAUGAUCUGUGUAUCCAUAAGGAGUAACAGUGGCAGUAAAGGAUCAGACUCGUAGAGGAAACUCGGUGUCUGAGGUGAAAUCACUACUCGUAUUAUGAUUCAUCCUAACAGCCCAUAAACCUGGGCUGUCCCGACGUUAAUUUUCUUCAAGGGAGCUAAGUGAAUCUCUGCCUAUCCUCCUGCACGAAGCCAAGUGAUGUAAUACUAUAAAUCAGUCCUUAAGGUUUUAAAAAAAGAGAAAAAGUGUGCAGUGAAGAUUUUUUUAGCAAGUACGUGGACUGUUUUGGCUCAGUCUGCGAUAGACAGUUUGACGAGGCAUAUGUACAGCCGCCAUGUUCAAUUUCUACACGCUAGCCGUAACCGUAAGUUCUCGCGCAGUAAUGAAUAUUGUUAUUAUGUUGCUUCGGUUUUCUUCUGAUUCAACCGUUGGUCAAAAAGGAAUAUAAUUAUUAUCUGGCAGUGUUUAAUUGAUGGUGAAAAAUGCCCUUUUAUUGGUGCCGUAUUGUGUAUUUCGAUGUGAGCAGACAUGACUACAAAGUCAACCUUAACACCAAGUUGUGUUGAUCGAAGUAAUACGAUGACUUACAGAAUACGAAGUCUUCCUGUUUUGGAAUUAUCACUUUCAAAAUUAUGGAUAUGUCAGGUCUUCCUGUAUUGGAGUUAUCACUUUCAAAAUUAUGGAUAUAUCAGGUAAACUGAUGUCUGCUCGAAGAAUUUUGCAGUGACCUUAAGGUUUAGCAUAAAUGAUAGUUUGAGAUAUUUGUCUGUGUCUGUAACAGGAUGUAAGACAUAACGAAUUUUUUUUUACGGUUGUUUUCAGUUAUAAGCCUUACGCCAUCGCCGUAUAGCGACAUUGCUAUUUUUAAAUGAGUUUAUUGUAUAACAUAAGACGUUUUUGUUACUCUUUGACAUAUAAAAAUGUCAUCCGAUUUGCAUGUCGGACCUGUGUAAUGACGGUAAUGGUAAAAUGUACUUAAAUCUUCACAAGUAUUUCAUCAACCGAAUACUUAAAAUGUUUAAAACUUUGUUACUUUAGAAGUAUCUAGGUUAUUUUUUUUUGUUAAAGAAGAAAUGGAUUAUUGAAAUUCUUAUUAUAACAAUGGGCGCUUCACACAGAAAUACAUAUAUAUACCACGUACAACUACGAAACUUUUAACUGAGAAACUAAAUUAUAUGCUUUAAACUGAUACACACAACCCUCAACCCUCAUAAUACCACACUUAAAGAUCACUUAAUAUUACCGAGAAUAAUUAUUUACUUCCUUGAGGAUGGGAGUAAUAGUAAUCUACGGAAAUAUAUAUUUUUUUUUUAGUUCAUGUCAAAUUAAACAUGAAUUUAACUUGAAAUCUUUACAUAACAAUGAUAAUUUAAUGUUUAUUUCGUUCAAAUAAAAAAAAAAUGGCUGAGCCUCAAAUAUUUCAAUAAUUUUCAGUGUUCCCCUGGCGUCAAUAGAUAAAUUGGUAUAUUAUUAAUUUGGAAUUUUUUUAAAGAAAGCUGUUCAUGAGGUCUGGAUUUGUUUAAUGUCUUUAGUGGAUCGUUACAUUAAGCGUUGACAAGAAGAGGUUGGUUACACAAAUCUUAAAUGGUGCUUCAGAAAUGUUCGUUGUUAUGUUUCACGAACAUAUACGGUCACAGAAAGAUAAUUAAUGGACAUCAAAAGGACAUCGUAUUUAAAAAAAAACAGUGGCCAUAGGAAGUACGAAACUUGUGUGUGUGUGUGUAGGGGAGGGGGUGAUUGAUAGUUCAGUGCUGUGUGGUCUAACACAGACUAAUUUAACAUCUUUUUAUAUCACCCCGAAUUUUAAAAGUUAACUCGGUCAUCUUUGAAGUUAUAUCAUUAGAUACGUGUGGUAUACAAUGAUUUGUAAAUGUCAUUUCGUGGAAUAAUAUAAAUACGACUACCUCUAUCAAGCGUAUCUUAGAAUUUGUGUUAUUAGUAUUUUAUUUUUUUGUUCAGUGGUAUGACUUGAAUAUAAAAUCAUUAUGAAAUCUACCUUUCAUCUUGCCGAAUCUUCUGUACGGGCACUUUUUUUUUUCGUAGGCCGUGAUUUGGCUUUGGUAAGUCACUUUAUCGCACUAUUCCACCUACCCAGUUAAUCAUGGUGAUGUGAAAACAAAAACUAUAGAAAUGGCGGACGCUUUCCUCGAGGCAGAACGUCCGAGCGAAACUCGCUAGCCAGAGCUUGGCGUGAUGUUCGUGCGAAGCACGCGGCUCUCCCAAUAUGGAGGAUAGCCAAAGUAUUAAAUAAUUGUUUCUCGAGCAGUAGUAAUAUUUUAACGGUUUUGUUAAUUAUCAUUAUUCAAAAUUGUAAAUUAGCUUAUUAGGAGUGUUGUAAAAACUGUACACAUAGGUGAUUUCUAUGUACAUAUAUAUAUAGAUAUAUAUAUAUAUAUAUAUACGUAUGCCGGUAUCUCCAUUAACAGUGUAGUUAUUAAACCUGCAUCUUAUCACAAACACAGGGUGAAUUUUCAAUUAAAAAAAAAGAAGUCAUAGACGUUAGAGAAUGUUGUGCUGUGUUUUACUUUUUUUUGACGUAUUGUAUAACAUACUGUACUGUGUUUUACUUUUUCUUUUGGCGUAUUGUAUAACGUACAUUGUUUCUUCCCUUUUAAAUGCAAUUUCAACACUUAGCUUUUAGAAAUAUUUCUGUUUUCUUAGUGAGUGUUUGUGAGAUCUACCGUUCACAAGUUCAAGCAGUGUUACUGCAUUAUUGUUGAAAUAAUUAGCUUUAAAGUGAUAUUUUCCCAGUGGCGUUUAUUCUGUAAUGGUUUGUAUAUUUAGAUAAUGACAAGAAAAUAUCACAACACACACCUCUUUGUGAGUGCCCGGAUGUAUGUGAUACAAUCGCUGUACUUUGUUUUUUUCAGUCCUGAAUAAAUUCCAUGUUU